AUGUACAUUUCUGUGUUAUUGAAAAAUGGAGAAAAUUCUGAUCUUUUCUGCGAGGUGGUGUGCCAUGCUCAAAGUGGCUUUGUCUGUGUGAAUGCUCUUUGUGAAACUAUGCAUCCUAAAUUCCCAACCAACCUGCUUUUUCAGGACUUGAAACAAGAAUCAAGCAAAAUCCAUAAUAUGAAUAUCCUCAUUUGUACUCCUGGUCGUCUUUUACAACACAUGGAUGAAACCUCGUAUUUCCAUGCCUCCAAUCUUCAAAUGCUGAUCCUUGAUGAAGCUGAUAGAAUUCUGGACAUGGGCUUCGCUGAUACCAUGAAUGCAAUUAUAGAGAACCUUCCCAAAAAACGGCAGACCCUGCUUUUCUCAGCCACGCAGACCAAAUCUGUGAAGGACCUUGCUCGGUUGAGCUUGAAGGAUCCAGAAUACAUCUGGGUGCAUGAAAAAGCAAAGUUCAGUACUCCAGCAACUUUGGAACAGAACUACAUUGUUUGUGAACUGCACCAGAAAGUCAAUAUGUUGUACUCUUUUCUGAAAACUCACCUGAAUAAGAAGAGUAUUGUAUUUUUUGCAAGCUGUAAAGAGGUUCAGUACUUGUUUAGAGUAUUUUGUCGCCUUCGUCCGGGUCUCCCUAUACUAGCUCUUCAUGGCAAACAACAACAGAUGAAAAGAAUGGAAGUAUAUCAAGAUUUUUUGCGCAAGAAAUCGGCAGUUCUUUUUGCUACGGAUCUUGCAGCUCGUGGGCUAGAUUUCCCUGCUGUGAACUGGGUCAUUCAGUUUGACUGCCCAGAAGAUGCAAAUACAUAUAUUCACAGAGUUGGGAGAACAGCCAGAUACAAAGAAGGUGGUGAAGCUCUCCUCGUUUUGCUUCCUUCAGAGGAAAAUGGCAUGAUUCAGCAGCUGUCACAGAAAAAAGUUCCUGUCAGCAAUAUCAAAAUCAAUCCUGAGAAACUUUUAGAUGUCCAGAAGAAACUGCAGUCCUUACUGGCUCAGGAUCAAGAUUUGAAAGAACGUGCACAACGGGUAAGGGCACAAUGGCUAGUCCACUGAUACGUAAUUGGCAUG